AUGGUGUUGAAUUGCAUGGCUUCGCGAAGGUUGUAUGCCGAGAAAAAAGGACAAAGCAGCCACCAAGACUCUGAGGCGUUGCGGUUAGCUAGUACCGGGCGGAAUAUGAGGAAACGCGGUAGGUCACAUGGCGGCAGACACAGUCUUGCGCUGUCAAUAGCCGUCGGAUUGCUGCGCUCUUCAACUUCACCCGCGCCGGCCUGCGCCUUCUUGCUGCCCGGUGCCGUUUCUCGGAGUAGCAGCAUGGGCCUAGGAAGUGGCAGUGCGAUCGGGAUAUCGUCUGGGCGGUCGUCGUUUGCUGGGUCGUCAUCUUGUGUCGUUGGAGCAGCUCAGUCGAGCAUCCGCCGUGGUCGCAGCAGGGCGGCAGGUGGGGCGGGCGAACCUCUAAGGAUGGGCAUCCCUAAGCUGUUCCGGUGGCUCACGGACCAGUACCCGGUGAUAAGUCAACGGCUCGACCAGGGGCUCAACGAGCACACCGCGCCGAUCGACAACCUGUACCUGGACAUGAACGGCGUCAUCCACAUGUGUACACACCACAACGAUGACGAGUUCAUCGAGCUCAACGAGAAGGAGAUGUUCCGACGGAUUUUCAUCUUCACGGACCGCAUGUUCAAGCUCGUCAGGCCUCGAAGGCUAUUGUAUCUGGCUGUUGACGGCACGGCGCCCCGCGCCAAGAUGAACCAGCAGAGAUCCCGCCGGUUCCGAUCGAGCAAGGAGGCCGAGGUGAACAUGGCGGAGAUGGUAAUGAGGGAUGGAAAACUGCCUGAAGUCACCAGGUUUGACUCCAACUGCAUCACCCCGGGCACGGACUUCAUGUUCAAGCUCACCAAGGCCUUCCAGGCGUGGAUCGAGUACAAGAUGGACACGGACCCCUUUUGGCAGCAGAAUGCCAGGGUGGUGUUCUCUGGACCAGACGUACCAGGGGAGGGCGAGCACAAGGUGAUGGAUUACAUCCGGGAGGCGAGGGAGACGGAGCCGGACUGGAGGGACGACCUGAGACAUUGCCUCUACGGCCUCGACGCCGACCUCAUCAUGCUAAGCCUCGUCACCCACGAGAAGCACUUCAGCCUGCUCAGGGAGAAGAUGAGCGUGAGACAUUCUCGCCGGAAGAAACCCAAGGACCCCAUCACGUACACGCGGAACGACUUCGAGCUGAUGGAGGUGUCGCUCCUCCGAGAGAUGCUCCGGCUGCAGUUCCAGUCUCAGGCGAACGACCCCAAGCUGCCGUUCAAGUUCGAGCUGGAGCGCGUGAUCGAUGACUUCGUGUUCAUGUGCAUCCUCGUGGGGAACGACUUCUUGCCCAAUGUCCCGCACCUCGACAUCUCGGACGGGGCCCUCAACCACAUGAUGAACAUGUACAAGCUGUUGCUGCCGAAGAUGGGCGGCUACCUGACGAAGAAGGAUCAGAUUCACCACGGCCGACUGGAGAUGUUCAUGCACGAGGUUUCUCGGAGAGAGGCGAUGUACUUCCGACGAAGAGGGGUAGAGGAGAGCGACCUCGUCCUGCAGGACCCUGGGAAGUACACGGAUCGCUAUUACAAGACCAAGCUGGAUCUUGAUCCGGAACAGGAAGAAGAGAAGCGGGCUGUCGUCAAGCAUUACCUCGAGGGCCUGUACUGGGUGCUCAAGUACUACCACGUGGGCGUCGACGCGGGGGGCUCAUGGAGCUGGUACUACCCGCACUUAUACGCGCCCCUGGCCAGCUCCAUGAAGAACCUCAUGGAUAUAGACAUCUCUUUCGAAAAGGGCAGGCCCUUCCCCAACCUCCUGCAGCUGCUAAGUGUGCUGCCACCGCAGAGCGCAGACUUUCUUCCCGAGCCGUACAAGGCCCUCAUGGUCGAGCCAACCUCUCCCAUCCUUGAAUACUACCCCACCGAGUUCGAGUGCGACGCUAACGGGAAGACGGCCUCCUGGGAGACGGUGGUAAAGAUUCCCUUCAUCGACGAGAAGGAUGUUUUUGGCGCGCUAUCCAACGUUGACCACACGAAAGAUCUGGAGGCUGUGGACCGUCUACGGAACUACACGGGCAAGGUGUGGCAAUUCUUGCCCCAAUUCCGCCUCACCCCGACGGGGGAGCCGACAAACCCGGUGCCUCAGCCCGCAGGGAAAGUUAGAGAUUCCAAGAAAUAAUUGCCGGGCAGUAGUUGCAGUGCGGUGUGGUAAAGGGGCUUCAGAGACCAGCACAGAGAACCACCUCUGGUUCUCGGGGGAGGGGUGGGCUUCUGCUGCAUUUGACUCUGCUGUACGUGCUCGUAGUUCAGCACAUCCGUGCAGGGUUGAACUCACGCUCUGUUUCUGUGUGAAAUGACAAACUAUCGCCAUCGUCCUGUAGUCGGAUUGGCACGAACGUACCGAGCAUCCUCGUUGUAGAGAAGCUCCCGAGUGUUCUUGGACAUGAGAGUUAUUCCAAAAUGGCAAUAGCGCGGUUGUUGGGCACGCUGUUGGGUAAUCUACACGUGCGUGAAGAACGCGACAAGUCCAUUGUUGUUGCAUGCGAAGAAAACUUGAGUGUGUUUUUGAAUGCCCAAACGAUACAUGGGGCAUGUUUUCUCGGUCGGCAUGCAUUUUUUCACUACUCACACGACAAGAAUGGCUGCACUCUUGCGGGCAAACCGGUGUCAUGAUGACCCUUGAUUGGGGAGGUAUGGUGAAGGCUAAGCGCUGCUGUUACGGCAUUGCCGAGCGGGUCCCAAGGACCCCGGUGUAAGGAGUUUGCCGGCCCCACCC